GUCUUAUCAUGAUAAGAUGAGUAGUAACUACUAUGAUAUUGACGAUAUAAUAGCUGAUGGAGAGGUAUGAUUUACUGAUUGGAUAUUUGAGCGUGUGCAUUCACAUACUACUACAGAUUGUGCUUUUUGAAAUCAAAUAUUAAUCUGGCUGUUAAUUUUAGAAAAUACCAUGUAAAUUCACGAUAACAGUUCCUGGGUUGGGAUUUUUGGAAGGAAAUGAGUCCUUGGGUGCAAUUAAAGAAGGGACCAGAUUGGAGUUGCCGUUGUGGUUAGCUGAGAUUCUUGCGACGUGUGCAAUUUCUCCAAGCGAGGAAGAUGUCAAAGACGAAGAAGAUGUAAUGGGAGAAUCGAACGAAGAAAAGACAUUUGUUGAACUAAUUCAACCUGAAUGCUUCAAUUUGAAAGUUAUAAAUGCUAUAAAGACAAACCCGGUUAAUUGCGAUUUGCAUUCUAUCUGUUCGAACUAUUACAAGUUGACUGAAAAACUUGGUGAUGAGGAGCUAAUUAAAAUUGUUCAGGAAAUGUUGAAAGAACGGUGUAUAUUGAUUAACGAUUAUGCGACGAGCUCAAAGGGGAAUAAUUUUAAUAACGAUGCAGUUUUCAAUUUUCUCCAUGGUCUAGAUGAGGCUGAGAAAAGGAUAUAUAAAGCGACUUAUGAGAGCCAUAAAGACACGAAAAAAUGGUUUGCAAGUGAUUCGUAAAAUCGAAUAUAUACCCCAUUAUGUAAUUGUUUUUUUCUUUCUGUUUUUUCAUUUCUUUCAAAAAUCCUAUCCAUUUAAUGUAUUGAAUAAUUGAUAUAUUGUUGAAUUUUCUAGAAGUAUGCUGUAAUUGAAAAUUUUCAUUUCAAAACAAUAGAUUUGCAUUUAAUUGAGCACUUGGUUGCGAAUUAGUUUUUUUGUGGUUACUCAGUUUUCUCUUUGUUAAGACAAAAUACAUAAUC